CUUUACUGAGGGCACACCACUUUUUUUUUAAUCAGCACUGCUCUACACCUUGCACUCCUUACAGUUGUUUUGCCUGUUUGUUACGUCUACUCGUUAUAUUAUUAGGCCAGGGCUGCUUGCACUGUAAGAGAAACAUCUUGUUGCAGCGGCAGUAGUUUGAAGAGGCAGCCGCCGCCAUCUUUGAGAAGGGCGAAUGGAGAGCUAAGCAGAGCAGAGCAGUCGGCUGGAUGGACGUCUUGACAGUUUAAUUUGAGCCCCUGUCCUGCCCCCCCUUCCUCCCCGGUGUUUUUAAUUAGCGGUAAGCCGUGUCAGGAGCGCAGCUGGCUCCCCCAGUGGGUGGGGGCAUAGUUUGGGGGGUGAUAUAAAAGCUGGGUGGGGGGUGGGUAAGAAAUCUCUCUGGUGACGUUUGUAGCUUACGACCCCCCAGGGGCUCAGGGUAUUUUGGUUUGUGCAGUAUUGCAGGUAAAUACUUUGUGCACCUUCACUCUGGGGAGUGAGCCUUGCACCAUCACAGCACUCAGUCUCCCAGCUCUGAUCAUGUUAUUGGGGUGGGUGUCAAUCUGCAACAUUGUAUCAGUGUUUAUAGAAGUCUUUUAUUCUGUGUGCUUGCAUCAUGCUUCACAUUUGUAUGUAGAAUUUUAGCUUGUCUGCAUUGUUACUCUAUAUAGUGUAUAGCCUAUCCCUUGCUUGAUUGAGUCUGUACUAUACUAGCCUUUCCAUUAUCUUUAGAUGCCCCACUAUCUAAAACCUAAACUGACUGGCCCUAGGCUAUGUCUCUCUUUAAUGCACUCCUAGAUUCUAAUAGUCUGACUGCCCCUUCCCUUAAAAAUUCAUUCUCCCUUCCCAUACUUAAAAGUUAGCUGCCUUGAGAUAUUAUCUUCAAAAGACUAUUUGUUUAUGGGGUGAGGGUUUUUUGAAAAACUUUACUGCUUUCUUGCAGUCUGAACUUGACACUCAGCGUAUACCUUGCUUGAUUGAGUGAGUUUAUUUGCACAGCAUAGUUGUGUGGGUGUGCUCCUCCAUAAUUUCUCCUAUGUGAAUUAUAACUGCACACAACUGACUACUCCUAAAGUAUCUGUGGUUUUAUUCCUAACCACAGUAGUUAUCCUGGUGUUUAACUUUGGCAGAAUUUUUAAUUCUUAAUUUGUAGGUAUUUCGACUAAAAAUCCACUUUAGUAACCGGAAUUGUUUGUCAUCUAAUGGGGUUAAUUAAAACCUGUCUCUUUUGGUCCUUCCACAGCCCCUCUGUGCAGUAUUAAUUUUUGGCAGGAAAUUUUAAUUUAGUUUUAGUCAGUCCUUUGACUAAAAUGCUGUUGUCUUUUAGUCAUACGAAAUAACACUGGUGUUUAGCAUGUAUUAACAUGUUGUGCAAGGCUGCCACAGUGCUGUACGUGUGCCUUGGGUUUUUUCAGCAGUUGUAAAAUGUUAUCUUGUGACUAUUGGCAAGUCCUCCCUAAGCUAUAAAGUCAAAUGACCUGUAUAGCACUGCAAGCUGGUGAUCUAGUUGGUACAUACAAAGACUCGAACUCGUGUGUGUGUGUGUGUGUGUGUGUGUGUGUUUUUGUCUUUAUAAAUCACUACUUUUAUAAAACUUGAGUGAAAACCAUGACAAAGCCAAACUUGAUUUAGACUAUAUUGGAUGUAAAGUUGCAAACUUAAUUUCUUUUAGUGUGUGUGGUGGUUUUUUUUUUUUUUUUUUAUUUUUUUAUUAUUAUAGGAGGUGAGCAUGUGUUUAGCUGGGUCUUGUAACAUUAAAGUCUGACUAUCAGACACACUAAGGACUCCAGUUUGUUUUGCAGUAACAAUCUUGUUCUUGUACCUCACGGUUUCUAGGCAAACGCUUGGUAUGUUGGUGUUUGUCUUGCCUUGAACUAUCUUGUUUUCCUGCACCGUGACAUUCUGGAAACAAUAUUCUAGGAGUCUGUAGGCAUCUUUCAACACUACUAAAGGACCAUUGUGCUCCUGUAAUCUUAGCCAAGUGACAAAAGGCUUGUCAUGUGGUGCCAGCUGCCACAAAGCAGUUCCUGCAAGAAUUUUUAAACUGAAUAGUUAACUCUUGCUUGUGGGUUUUUUUUUUUUUUGUUUUUUUUAUUUUUUUUAUAAUGGCUAAACUAAAACUCUGUAGGUUUACCCCAAACCUACUGAACUGAUUCUGUGCACUACAAUUACUCCUUUUUAUCCCCAAUAGUGCUGGAAGGAUCUUUAACCCUUAAUAUAGUGGUUAUGGUACAUACAAACUGUAGAUGGCCCUUCCUAUAAAGCUUUGUUUGUUGAACACUUCUGGCUGCCACCACUAUGGGUGCUGACCAAUGUUCAGAGUGUAUAUGCAAAGUGUGACUGCUCCCUAUAGAUAUAGAGGGAUAGUGCAUAUUUAUAAAGAGAUGCUGAUUGGUGCAGAGACUGCUAUGCACAGAAUCUCAUGCUUCUAGAUGUAGAAACUUUAGGUUGGCUGGUAUAAUGCAGCAGAGGCUCGUUAUUUUUAUCUUGCUUCUAAAAGCAAGAAACUGUGUAGGAAAUUAAUCACUAAACCAGUAGUGUCUCCGCCUAACUUAUAAAUGUCAAGGUUCAAACAUCCUUCCUUUCAUCCCUUUUUAAACCAACUAUUUUCCUUUAAUGGAUAGUAUUUCUAUGGGGAGGUUAAUAGCCCACAAUACAAAGUUAUUUUUUUCAGAUCUACUUUCUAUUACAACUUGUAUUGCACCAACCAGGGCUUUAAACUUCAUGUCCUAAACUAGCUAGGCUUUGCUCCACACUACAUGCCAGUGAAAGCGUGGAGGGCCCAUAGGAUAUAAGAGGUAAUCACCACUGCUGCUGAUCUCGCCACCACUGGUAAGUGGAAACUUUGAGCCCUUGAACCUAUACCAAACAGUAGGUAAAACAAGAGAAUUCUCCCAUGUCUGUAUGCGAACAGUAGGUAAACAUGGUGCUACCCAAACAAGACUGCAUUCAAUCUGGUUUAAUGAUUUGAUGUAAAUAUUGCUCUUAACUGUUUAAGCCAUAUGUCUAAUUCACUUAACAGUAGACCUCUUGGUUGUGUCAGGAUCUUGGCCUGGCAGUUGCUUCUGCUGCAUUUAUAAACCUUUUAUCUUAUGCAGUUUUGGUGAUUGGUAAACAGCCAUUAAAAGGGCUCUAUAGGCACCUAGACCAAUUCUGGGUGCACUGCUCCUGUCCCCUUAGUCCUGUAAUGUAACUCAUUGCAAUCUGAGAAACUGCAAUGUUUUUACCUUAGAGCUCAAACUUGGCCUCUAGCAAUUAGGGGGCUCUAUAGUGUUUGGAAUAAAAACCUAUAAUCCUAACACAAUAGAUUCCAUUUAACCUUGCAAUGAAAACUGUCUCAAAAUGCCCUCAGUUAGACGAAGAUACCUUUUUGUCCCUUAAAGCAUUGCACUAAAAUGUCCACUAGUCUUGGGCAGUGACAGCUAUAGUAUCCAUCAGUCCUAAAACCUAGAACACAUUACCUGCAGCCUAUCUCAAAUCCAUGUGAACAGGUAAAUUACAGGCGGUUAUUAGUAACCCCCCCAAACUGCCUUUAGAAGCUAAGCUCAUCUGCCACAUCACAGCAAACCUCUGGGGAGUCCUACUUACACUAACCAAAAGGCACAACCUGAAAUUUAUUGUUCCUUAAUAUGACAAAUAUGGGGUAGUUGGCAGCACUGUAGCAUGGCUGUCUAAUAUAGAAGCAAGCUUUUGGCUUACUGCCAAAGACCAUCACUUCCUAAUAAGUGCAGUUAUUUAGCGAACUAAAAUAUAUUAAAUUCCCAACUUGAAUAAACCUGGUUGGAAUGCCUUAAAAUAGUCAGGUCAAAGUUUUAGACUUUCCAGGUCUUUAAACAAAUGUGCUCUGUAUCACACUAGUAUAAUCUAACACAAACUGAAAAUUGGGAUAUCCCAAUAUGUAUUUUGUAGAUGUAUUCUCAAUGUAAAGCACAAAUAUGGAAAAAAGUGUUUAGUCUUAUGAAACAUACACUGCCUCUUCGUAUUUUGUCAAAUAACAUUUGUGUAACUAUUCUACAGGUAAUAAAACACCUUACCACCAUGACUGAUAUGACUGACAAUCACAGGGAGGCCUGGGAAAAUCUGAUCACUGCUGCUGACCGCUAUCGCAGACAGACUGGAAAUGACAUUGUGUUUAUCACUGCCUACAAACCCAAGUCUGUACCCUCCUAUGCAUACACUGUUCAUGGCAGUGGCAUACUAUUGGAAGCCACCCAAAGAUAUCUUGAUGACAUUGCCGUAGUGCACAAGACCACUGUUUUUACCAGCCCUGUGCCCAUUCUUAAAGGCAAGGAACCACCAGUGGCAAAGCAGAACUCUUACUCAAAGAGUUACCCUUCAAUUUAUGGAAAAGAGGACUUCUCAAUUGAGGAUAGUAACUUUGUGAGACCAAUGCCCACAAAUCCAAUGCCUGACCAAAUGCCAAACGUGGGAGCAAGGGCUGACGAGGACUACAACCAUUCAAGCAAUCUACUAAAGGCACCGGAGCAUGUUCCCAGUGCCUCAACAGGUGAGUGAAUGGCUAGGAUUUUUUCAAACCUUAAAACACUGACUAGUCACCACUGGCCUGCUAAUUCCUAAACUUCCUCAUCUGUACCCCAAUAACUUCAACACAAAGUCCCUUGAUGGUUCUAAGGGACGGUGGCUGUUUAGAAAACGUUGUUCUUGUCUAUUGCCUGUAUGUCUAAUACCAGUGUCGGUUUCAAAUAACCUCUUAUCCCACCCAGAUAUAAAUCUAUUUCCACAAUGACUUGUAAGCUAGGUGACUCCCUGGUACAGCUUAAAGGGACACUACUGCCACCAGAACUACUGUUCCAGUAGUCUGUGGUGUGUUUUUUUUAAAUAUAUGUAAACACUGGCUCUGCAAAAGCAAGUAGUUGCAUUGCUGGCUUGUAACAUUUAGUGGGAGUCAGAUGGCUGCUAGAGGUGCUUCCUGGGCCACUGCUGCAGUGCGCAGCACCAAAGUUCAGGGUCUACACACUCUGCAUGGAGGCACUGAACAAUCAUCAUAGAUGCAUUAUCAAUGAGGAGAUGCAGACUGGUGCAGUGUCAUGUCACGCAAGUGCAAUAGCCCCAAUGCCUUGCUAUGAGAGAGCAUUGGACUGGCAGUCAAGGUUUGAUAUCUACCAAGGAGGUGGAGCCAGCUGCUCCUCUUUUAAAGGGACACUCCAGUGCCAGGAAACUGUUUUCUUGGCACUGCAGGUCCCCUCUCCCUCCAACCCAUCCCAUGUUGCUGAAGGGGUGAAAACCCCCUUCAGUGACUUACCCGAGACUCCCGCCAAUGUUACUCAGCAGUGGUUUCGGGUCUGCACACGCUCUCCUCCCCCCGCCAACAUCAUCUGGUGGAGACCUAAUGCGCACUGCGGCAAUGCCGCAAGCGCAUUCGACCUCUCCAUAGGCAGACAUUGAAAAUGCUUUCCUAUGGGGAAUAGAGCGACACUGAAGGUCCUCACAUAGCAUGAGGACGUCCAGCGACGCUCUAGCACAGAACCAGGAAGUGCCCUCUAGUGGCUCUUGUAGACAGCCACUAGAGGAGGAGUUAACCCUGCAAUGUAACUAUUGCAGUCUAUGAAAACUGCAAUAAUUACAGCUGCAGGGCUAAGGGUAGUGGGAGUUGGCACCCAGACCACUCCAAUGGGCAGAAGUGGUCUGGGUGCCUGGGGUGUCCCUUUAACCAGGGAUCUAAACAGCUGUUUCUAAACUUAGUGUCAGCAAUACAUGUCUAUUCCUGACACUCUAGUGUUCCUCUAACUAAAUGUAUGUGGCACCAGAAAAGAACUCUGCAGACACGACAGGUUUCAUCGAAGUAUGGCAAGAUGUACCUAGGACUGGUAGAAAUUUGUCACCAAAAGAGUCAACCGUCUAGGUCAGGUACAUCAAGGUAUGCCACAUGGCUUGAACCUUGACAUAAACGACUGUCUUCCUGCUUCUAAAAAUCUUACCCUAAGCUAUCUGCAGUCUUCUGUCAUGGCUUAUGUGAGCUUAUCUUUGGGGGAAAAACUGAUGGCUUCUCAGAUCUAGAGAUUGUCAUCUGGCUAAACUUCUUGAAACCAUUCCCAGUGGCUAAAGGGGUUCUUACACGAACCCAUCUUGGAGAUUAAGGAUACUUGGAUAUAGUCAUUAGAAUUAUAGAUUAGUUACACACAAUUGCCCCAGACCCCAAAGUCUUGGGUAAUGAGUCAUCUCUUCAACCAAGAUAUGAUCUUGUACGGGCAGAAAUGGAGUGUCACUUCCAAACUAUUUUAGAUAUAAAACCUGAACAUGCAGGGGUUACUCUCAUAGCAAACAAUGUGUCCCUAAAUGCUGAAACAAACUUUAGGGAACUAGAUUACCCAUGAGUAAAGCAGUGCCAUGCAAGGUAAGUACACACUGAACAUGGGUAAAAUAGUCUGUCAAUACCUAAAGUAAGGUAAUGUUAACAUAGGAGGCACAUAUAGUCCCUUGGAAUCAGUGAUUUCAGUGUGUCCACACAAACUCUGCUUUAGAGACUUCACAUUGUGGCUCUGCCACUAGCAAACUAAACUCCUCUCUAACUGUGUAGGCUAGCUAUGCUGGCUGGGUGUCUUGCUCAUAUUCCCCUGUACUUUAACACCACAAACAUUCAGCGGUAUUAAAGUUGGAGUUCAAAGAUUAUUUUACAUUUGGGUAGCUGAACGAAGGCUCACUGACUUGAACUUCAGCUUGACUACCUUGGCCUUAAAUCUGAAACUCCUUUAGCAUUCUAACUGAAUAACCAUGAGUUUUUAUGAUCCAAUGAAGCUGUAUAGCCUGUUCAGUCUUGGUGUACUGAGAGUAGUUGUACUUCCUGUGGCAAGCUGACUCCCUAAACUGGUUAAUGUAAGAUUAAGUCUAAAAUGAAAACAUUGCUUUAUCUCACAGCAGUUCUGACUAUAUUGACAUAAUUUUAGGCAUGAUCUCCAACUCUCUGCCUUUUUACGCUCAACUAGUCUCUACCCUAGGAACAAACUGAUCAGUAGUGUACCCCAAUCCUACACCCUUCAUUAGUGUAGUUUGAGACCACUAGCCAUCUGCUACUGCUUUAACUUGGCUUGAGCCCCUAGUGCUGCUGGCAAGGAUCUGCUUUAAAUGGAUUUCUGCAGUUUGUGGUUGACCACCCCAAAUAUCUUAGAUUUAGAACAGUGCUGACAGGCUGUUUUCUCCCCUAACAGAACCAGGCAUCACAAUCUGUCCAGUUAGAAUCUGGUUCCUUCCAGCAAAUUUGAGGAUAUAAACUAGAUAUAUUUGCAUAAAUAAAAAUCUGAUCAGCUCGGAAUUCCUAGUGAUAUCAAACUUAUAUCAGUUUCUUUUAAGUGUAUGAAGUUGGGCUAGAAUGGCUAAUUUACUUUAAAUUCAGUGAAUAAAGCCAUAGUUUCUUGUGUUACAUUCUUACAACCGAGCAAGCCACUCUUUAGAAGGCUUCACCUCUGGUAUCAAGUCUUCAAAUUACAGCCAAAUAAAUGCAAUAACUCCGCUAGUCUUUCAAACAGAACAUGCAGCAUUCUUAACUUGCUUCCUUUUAUUUAGGAAAUGCAGAGAAAUGAAGGUGAAUUAAAUUUUGUGCUUAAUCUUGCUAUCAGUAUCCUGUGACUGCAACCAGCAAGUCUCCUCUGCCAAUAGUCACUGUUUAUGACUAGCAUGGUGUCCUGCCAUAAGUAACAUGGGCUAGGUGGCUAUUUUGGCACUGCCAGCUUGGUCAGGCACACGUUAAACGAAAGUGGAACGCUCUCGUCUGAGAUUUCCAUGGAAAUCUACUUGGGAUUUCACUCAUUACAUAGGGAACAUGCAGGGGGGUAGUCUUCUAAUACUCCCUAAAAUAUGCAUGUGAUCAUUAAAACAAGAUUAACAUAUCCUUGCUUUACCAGUCACCAUCAGCUGCUCCUAAUUGGUUGUUACAACAGAAUUAAUUUACUUGUAUAAACCCUUGUUCAGUAUGUAGAUACCACUCUGACUUUUCUGCUCCAUUCAUAAAGUUCUUAACACUUCUCCAGGCAUCCUAUGGUUGUUACAACAGGGCAGUCGGGUAGAUGGCAAUGGAGAAGCUUGGGAGUCUUUUUUUUUUUUCAUAAUUGGGCCAAAGUCAAUGAAUUGUAUAACAGCUAUACUAUUCUGAUAUCUGCUUUCAGACAUGACUCUGGAGGUCUUGCACAGGUCUACUAACAUUUCAAAAAUACAGGACUCAUGCAUUUGUAAACGGUACAGAAGUUCUGCCACUGUAAAGCAUUCAGUGACUGUUUACUAGAGAGCACCUCCAACAGUAUCAGCUGGCUACCCUGAACGUGAUGUGUAUCAUUUGACUAAUGGGCUACCUACUGAAACUAACCCCAGAGGGAAAACUAGACCAUUAUUUUCCUGCACAUCAUUCAAUGUACCUCUAGUACACUAGAUGGCAGUCGAAGCCUUACAAAUAUGUUGCGUCAGUUAUUUAAAGUGGUUUUUGAUCUAGAACUUAAAUCUUUUAUUGCAGGACUUUUUAUGAUGGAUGAAGACUCAAACAGCCAAGACUGUGAACCAUUCUUUGAAUCUGACCCAGAGAGCCAAGAAGGUAACCUUCCCUUUUGGUUUAUGAUAUUAAUCGUAGGUAUCUCGCAGCAUGUCAGGCUAUUUCUCUGAUUGAAAACCCUCGAUCAUCUCAAGAUAAUUGAGAUUCUUGCUCUUCCUGAUUUGUGGGGAAAACAGCAAACUAUCUGACCUGGCAUAGCCAGUUAAAUCCUAACCUCAGUUGAUCCUGAAUACUGGCCUCUAAGCUUAUUUCUUCGUCUUGAAGCACAACCAGCUUGAAGACUUGAGGCAUGUUUAAAGGGACACUAUAGUCACCCAGACAACUUCAGUUCAAUGAAGUGGUCUGGGUGUCGGGUCCCUCUGGGGUUAACCCUGCCUAAACAAAAACAUUAAGUUUCUCUGAAACUGCUGUUAACAUCUGGGGUUAAGCAAGCCUCUAGUGGCUGUCUUCCUGACAGCUGCUAGAGGCGCAUCAGCAAUGACUGAGGCUUAUGCCUCAAUCAUGCUGAGCGUCCAUAGGAAAGCAUUGAAGAAAUGCUUUCCUACGGACACUUUGAAUGCGUGCAGCAGUGUUGCGCAUUCUGCACCGGUGACAUCAGACCAGGAUGCUGGCGGGGAAGGAGAGGUAAGGGAACCCAGCGGGGGAAAGGGUGAGUAGCUGAAGGGGUUUUAACCGCUUCAGCACCAUGGGAGGGGGACCAUGAGCGUGGGGUCACCCUCGGAACUGUAGUGCUUUUCCUGACCCUAUAGUGUCCCUUUAAAAUACCCACUUGUAGAAUGUGGGGUUUAAUUAUGUAACACAGGGGUUCUCAACCCAGUCCUCAGGACUCCCUACCAGUCCAGGAUUUGGGGAUUACCUGUGUGUCUCAGGUGUUUAGAAAAAGGGGGGAAAAAAAAACACCUUAGACUCUAAGUUUUAUAUAUUUUUUUUUUUUUUUUCAUUUUCUAAACACCUUAGACACACCCAGGUAAUCCCUAAACUCUGGACUGGUAGGUGGUCCUGAGGACUAACGUUGAGAACCCCUGAUGUAACAGAAUGGGGGAAAAAAAAUCAAACUUGGCCUAAAAUGGCCAAGCUGAGUAUUGCAGGGUUAGAACAUUUCUAAUCUGUCAAUCACAUAACUAUUAAAACUCACUGACUACCAAAAUGCCAUGUGUUAAACUUGUUGCUGUGUUCACAGAUGGGAGCCUGACUGAGGACCCGGGGCCUUUCCAGCGCAAUGUUCAGCAGUAUGCAAAAUCUCUCCCGGUCACUGUGCCUGUCUGGGGAUUUAAAGAAAAGCAUAAUGAAAACAAAUCUUCUGAUGAGGAAAGCGGCAGGGUGAGUUUCGAGUGAAGGUUAACCCUGCCAGACGAAUUCCAGUAAAGUCUAGCCAAUCUUGGAUAACAGUAACAACAAAGCCCAACUAUCAAAUGACCCAUCAAGUUUCUAAUAACGUAUCUGCUAUAAAAUGCUGUCAAUGAGUGCUUCAGUUCUGUAUAAGUUUGGCUGCUGGCUUAAAUAAACUUCAAGGGUGCAUAUCAUACAGAUUCUGUUCUAUGUUUAACAAGUUUGAAAAGAGCGCUUAUUUCCAUGUGGGUUUCCAGGGAAUCACAACAGUGGUGCUCUACAUACAGCUGUAUGAGGGCAGCAAGUGUGUACUAAGCAGUGACUGCUGAUCACAAAUACUCUGCAGUGUAACUGUUUUAUGUUACUCUAAUUCCUGAGCCCCAAAUUUGAGCACUUACUUAUUUGCCUCCUUAACUUACUUAAUGGGUCAGCUAUAUGGUUAAUAGUUACCAAACCACUAAAUAUACUUAAACCAGCAGACCUAUUAAAUAGUGUCCUUAAAACACCAAUCUAAUAACAAAAAAGGGUGAGUAGGAAUGCAAAACAUGAAGUGAUCACUUCUAAGGUGUAAAUAGAAAUAUACAACCUUAUAGUAUAAUAACGUGAUAGACAAUAUCUACAGAAAAAAAUAUAAAUUGCACAUAGUGUGAUAAAAGUAUAAAUAUGAAGACACACAGGAUGAAUGUAUCAAACUCACAAAAUAUCAAUGAAUAUCAGGCCCAGCAUCCUUAGUCAGAGAAGAUCUUCAAACCGUAUAGAAGGAGUCUUCAGUAAUUAUAAAAUAGAAAAAACAGAUAAUAGUGCAGAUGGUAAAUAAAACUUCAAAGAUUUAUUAUACAAUGCACUUAUAAAAAGGUCCAGGUAAAACCGCAUAUAACACUACAAGGUGGUGAAGAAAAUAAACAAGCAAGUCCCCAGUGUGUUAAUCCUGACUAAGGAUGACGGGCCUGAUAUCAUUGAUAUUUUGUGAGUGAUACAUUCAUCCUGUGUCUUCAUAUUUAUACUUUUAUCACACUAUGUGCAAUUUAUAUAUUUUUUUUUUCUCUAGAUAUCUGGUUAAUGCCAGCACUAAAUGCUAAAUUUGAAUGACCAAACAAUAUUGAACUGGAAUUUUUUUUUUUUUUUUGUCUAGCUUGUAUAAACAUCUAAUUCUUCAAAAUGUUAAUGUUCCACUAAAACUUGUCUCCAUCUACCAGCUCCCUUCUCCAGACCUUGACCGUAUUGCCGCAAGCAUGCGUGCGCUGGCUCAUGACAAUACGCAGCCAUUCGGGGACCUUCCUCGCCCUCGACUGAACACCGGUGACUUUCACGUUAACUACCGGAAGUAUUAAAUCACUGGUAGUCAAUGCUGCCCACUGAUUUGAACACUAAAAGUUCCUCUGGCUGAAAUUGGAUCCACUGAAGCUGCCCAUCUGCAACUGGAAGGGUCUCAUUCUACUGUGGUUUAAAUGCCUUUUUAGAGCCUUUUUUAAUUUUAUCCCCUGUCAUUGCAUCAGGCUUUGACAAAAUUCCCCUCAAUUGAUUAUGUACAAUUUCUUACCCUUUUUUAAUUCGACCUCAAUAAAAGAGGAAUUCAUAUCUCUGUUUAAUGUCUUCAUUAUUCUAGCAAAACACUAGCUAUCUGACAUCUCUAUUUCAAG